AUAACAAACGACUUACUAAAGUGCUAACUACUAUUUCACCGAAAAAAGUGCUAAAUACUAAAAUUUAGACAAGUCACUAAAAUUUGAUAAUAUGAUCUAUUAAUAUUAACAAUUAUCUACUAAAAUGUUUUAAAAACAUUUGACAGCGAAUCGUGAUUUUUGUGGUUACAGUAAAUUAACCUCAGUAAUUAAUGGUUAACCAUUAGUAACAAAAACAGUAAGAAAAACUUUAAUGAAAAAUUAUUAGAAAAUAUUAUUGAAGAAUAAUUGAAUAAUAAAAAUUAACUAGGUUUAUCAAAGACAAAAAGAUAAAAUUUACAAUUUAUGAAAAAGGGCAAGAUUAUGAUUGCAUAGUAAUAGAGAAAAAAAUAAUUAUUUAAGUAUUAAAAUAAUAAAUUAUUGAAGAUUUUUGCUGGAGCUAUAAUCAUCUUGAUAGUUGCUGUAAAUAGAGCCAUUUAAUACUAAAAAUGACACAAAUGAAAUACAUAAACAAAAAAUAAGCCUAAAGUUGAUGUGAUGGAAUGAAAUUGCAAAAUCAUCCCCCACCCCCCACAAAAAAAUGAAACACCACAUCGAUCGAUAAUAGCAAGCUGAGAGGUCUUCAAUCAAAGGAAUGGGCCAUUAUAUUCCAAUCUCAUUGUCUGUAGCGUUAUCUUCUUCUUUGUUCUUCUUUUUAUUUCUUUACAAUUAUCUGUAGCUUUAUCUAAUAUACGUGCAAAUGGGUUUUUGGAUUUUAGUUGGCAAAUGCAUUCCCUAAAUAGCGUAUACGCUUAGGGUGGGGAUUAGGUUCGGUUUUACCGAACCGAACAAAACCGACUGAAACCGAAAUAUACACAAGUCGGUUCGAAAUUUGGAAAUGGAUAUGAUGAAUUUCGGGAACCAGACGCGUUUGAACUGAACUGAAAUAUCAAACCUACCGACCGAAUUCCGAAAUACUGAACUGCCCAACCCAACCCAAUGCCAGCCUCGCGGGCCUCAGCCCAACCUUAUUUUCCAGCCCACUCCGCCCCACAAAUUGGAUUGGGCCUCUUUUUCAGCCCGCACAGCUUGCUGGCUGCUGCUCACUGCUCAGGCCUCAGGCCCUCUACCUCUUCGUCCUACAUCCAAAUCGCCUACCUAGCUAACCCUAGAGAAAGACGAUUUCCGAAUCGCGACGCAAAGGUAAAGGGAACUAGGGAAGCUGGGAAGGAAUGGAAGAAGGCGGCGAGCCGACGAUUACUCCUCUUCCUCCGACCUCCACUCCUCUGUCGUCUGCCCGACAGCCGGAGCCCAACACCGACGGCCACGACCUGCGGCUGCGAGGCUGUGUCGUUUUCGGUGUCUCCCCGUCCCGACCCCGACCUCGUCGACGACCAGAUCGCCGCCUCGCACAGUCCCUCCCACCCAGGCAGGCACCUGUCGUCGCCGAGUCUCCCCAGCCGCCACUGACUCUUCUGCCGUUCUGCGAGCCUGCCACCAGAAGACAAAACAAAAGCACAAAAAUGGGCAGUGCAUACAUUUUCGGUUUGUAAUAUAAAACCAAAUUAUAGCUCGGUUCGAAUUCGGUUGAGGGAUGCUAUGGUUCGGUAAAUCAGGAUAUACCACCAAACCGACCGAACGCCCACCCAUAUAUACGCUGCAUAGUUGGGGUGGGUGUUGACUAUUAGGGGUGUGCAAUGGUCCGGUCCGUACCGGACCACACCGGACCAAACCGUUGUUAAGACCGGACCAGACCGAGUAAAAUGCGGUCCGGUCCUUGGUCCUCAUGAAUUUUAUAAUUACUGAAAAAAUGGUGGACCGAGCUCAUAUUUGGACCGGACCGAACCGGACCAAAUGCAAGAAUGGUCCGGUCCUUGGUCCUAACAUGUCUUUCACUAAUGGACCUCGGUUCUCAUGAGUUUGGUCCGGUCCGGAUCGAACCGAACCGUUGCACACCUCUAUUGACUAUAAAACACACUCACCUGCUUAAACGGAUUGAAAAUAUAAAGGAGUAAACUUGACAUGAUAAUUGGUGGAGUUAGUUAUCGGACGGAAACAAGAAGAUGGAACAGGGGGAAAUGUCAAAUUAGAGAAAAAAUAUAUUAUGGAGGAGUUUUCUACUGAUGGAGAUGAUUAUCAAGUGCAACGAACUAAUGAAAAUAAUUUAUCGGAGGAAAGAGAGGUGACCUAGGCACAAGAAUCAAAUGAAAAAAUAAAGGGAUCGCUAUUUGGAAGGUUGACUUUAAAGUUCAAUCUCUAGGAACAACCUAGUUUCUGUCUAACGUCUCCACUCUCCUCUCUCCAGAGCUAACGACUUUGUUCUUGUUGCGGUUGGGUUGAGCGGAUCACCCGUGCACCUGCCCACAAUCCACCUGCGCCACCCGGCAGAUGGCUCCCAUCGCAACCGGUCACCCACUCACAGACCCACCCACAUAACGAAAUUCAGAUCAAUGAGGGUGGGUCGACCCAAACCCGCAAGUAAUCCGCUGGCAUGCCCAACCCUACUGCAUACCAUUAGGGAUGACAACAAAACCCGGACCCACGGGUACCUACCCGAUCCAACCCUGUCAACGCGGGUAAAACCCAUGUUGACGGGUUUCGGGCCGGGUUUGGGUUUAAACCCGUUCACUAUUCAUCGGGUUGGGUUGGAUUUGGGUGUACCCGACCCAUGGGUACCCGCCCACACGCAUAUAAUCAAUUUUCCUGGUAUAUUAAAUAUUAUAAGCAAUUAAUCUUCUUUAUGUUUGUGGAGACAUAUCUAAUUUUUUCUUUCUAAUUGUGUAGAAUGAAGUUGAUAUUGAGUG